AUGCAGGGGCCAGCAGGUGCCACCUGCGCCCCAUCCCAGGGAAAGGUGUGGGACGGCAGCGGCAAGCAGCCCCCAAACCUAAUGUGUAUUCGGGAUCGGAACGUCAUGCCGGAAGCAGUUCACGACAACUCACUUCAGCUCUUCUUGAUAAUAACUCUUGUAAUCUUGCACAUUCGGCCUCGCAAAAUGUCUGGAAAUACACAAUCGAAAGACCCGCUGGACGAGACAUCACCACUGCUCGGGGGUGCUCAUGUAGCUGCCGAUAGCGCUGCAGAGCGCGUUGCGGGUAAUAAUGGUUGUGGGGAUGCAGAGCCUUUGAAGGAUGAUGAUGAUGCAGACCUUCCGAAGGAAUUGUCGUUGGCAAAAUUGGCGGUUGUGAUGCUGGCAGUGUGGAGUGGUGUAUUCCUCGCAGCAAUCGAUACCACCGUCAUUUCCACACUUCUCGCACCUAUCUCAAGCUCCUUUUCAUCGUUCGCGUCAAUAUCAUGGGUUGCGAGUGCGUACCUCAUCUCCAAUGCUGCCCUACAGCCAUUAUUUGGCCGACUCACAGACAUUUACGGUCGUCGUUCCGGGCUCGUGAUUUGCAAUAUUCUGUUCGCGACUGGUACCCUGAUGUGCGGCCUUGCAAAGAAUGAGUACACCAUGAUCGCGGGACGAGUUAUUGCUGGCGCUGGCGGAGGAGGCAUGACCACGAUCUCCUCGAUUGUUGCUACGGAUCUGGUACCGUUAAGGAAGAGAGGAAUUGUCCAGGGAGGAGGUAAUUUAUCCUACGGCGCAGGCGCAGCUCUGGGAGGUGUAUUUGGUGGUUUCAUCCAUGAUCGUAUUGGCUGGAGAUGGGCGUUCUUGAUUCAGGUGCCCUUUAUUAUCGUGUCCACGAUUAUGGUCGCCAUGUUUGUGAGGAUUCCGAUAAAGAAGUCAAAUAUCGCACGCCACAGGCGAGUCGACUAUGCGGGUGCAUUUACACUUGUAAUGUCACUGGUACUGCUGUUGAUUGCGCUUAAUACCGGCGGGAACAUGCUUCCAUGGACCCAUCCGCUCAUCUUGGAGCCCAUCAUCCCCGUAGGUCUCUUGGGUGAUCGCACAGUAUUGGCGGCCUGCAUGACGAACUGGUUCAUGGUUAUGAGUGUAUUCUCUUUGUACUUCUACUGCCCGAUCUACUUUAUGGUGCGCGGUCAGUCCUCAACCGACGCUGGUCUUCGCCUGACACCUUUCGCCGCCGGAAUCUCCGUUGGAUCUCUUAGUACGGGCAUUGCCAUGAACCGCACCGGCCAUUACUACAAGCUUGGGCUCCUCGCCAUAUUCGUGUACAACUCCGGCGUCGCUGCAAUCUGCACAUUUAACCUCAAUACCCCUCUCUUCCCGCAAUUCUUCAAUUUCUUUGUCUUCGGGUGUGGUUAUGGCGGUGUCCUUACUGUAACACUGCUAGCACUGAUCGCCGCUGUUGGCCGGAAGGAUCAAGCCGUGAUAACAUCUGCCAGCUAUGCGUUCCGCUCUACGGGCAGCACGAUCGGCGCCACAGUCGGCAGCGCGAUUUUCCAGAACGUGUUGAAGAGAAGGCUGGUGGCGUACUUGGGCAACGGUGAGGAAGCGAGGAGGAUUAUUGGACAGGUGAGGGAGAGGUUCGACGCGAUUGAUAGCAUACCGGGCGAGUAUGUGGGCAGGGUCAGGGGGGCUUAUAUGGACGCCCUGCAUGCCGUGUUCUAUACGAGUUUGGGGAUGGGAAUAUUGGCGAUGGUGUGUACUGCGUGGAUGAGGGAGCACAAGUUACAUAAAACGUUGGAUAGGAAUUAA